AUGAGCUCAAGAGACGAGGAAUACGACUACCUGUUUAAAAGUGAGUUUUUUGGGGCUCUAGUUCAUUUAUUUUUAGCUUAGAAUACUUAUUUUGUGUCAAGAUCGUAUUUGGAGCUCAAGUCAUGUGCCUUUAACAUUUGAAGCUUUUUUUUUCAAUUUUUCAGUUUUUUUUUUGCAAUUAGUUCAUAUAGAAGCCAUCCAAAGGCGCAUCAAAAAGCCUCCAUUUCGGGUCAAAAUAUUACUUUGAGCUUUAGGCCUGCGCCUUUAAAUUUUGAAAUUUUUUUCUUCUAAUUUUUCAACUUUUCAGUCAUUUUUUUGCAAUUAGUUCAUAUUAAAGCCACCUAAAGGCAUCUUUGAAUUGAAGGCGCAUCAAAAAGUCUUAAUUUCGUGUCAGAAUCUUACUUGGAACUGAAGCCAUGCGCCUUUAAAAUUUGAAACUUUUUUUGCAAAAUGUGCAAGUUUAUGAGUUAUUUUUUGCGGUUUAUUCAUAUAGAAGCCAUCCAAAGACUUUCAAAAUUUAGAGGCGCAUCAAUGAGCUUUAAUUUCAUGUCAAAAUCUUACUUGGAGCUCUAGGCAUGCACCUUUAAAGUCUGAAGUUUUUUUUCGAUUUUUCAAGUUUAUCAAUCAUUUUUAAUCAAUUGAUAUUGAAGCCUUCUAAAGGCCUCUUACAAUCAAAGGCGUAUCAACAAGUCCUAAAAGACAUUAUGAAAUUAUUUUCCAUACAAUUCUUCAAAAUAUGCUUCCAGUUGUCCUGAUCGGCGAUUCUGGAGUCGGAAAAACGAAUAUUUUAUCAAGAUUCGCCAAAAAUCAAUUCUCACUCGAUUCUCAGACGACGAUAGGUGUGGAGUUUUCGACGAAAACGGUUCAGGUGAAAAAUUACUUGGUUUUGAAAAUUUUGAAAACUUGAUGAGAUGGAAAUGCGCUCCAUGGAUAAAGAAAAGUCAUACUCCAUAUUUUUCGAAUUUUUUACACAAAAAUUAGUAUUUUGAUUUUCUGAAUUGUUUCUAAACGCUUGGAGUUAUAUAAAUAUUUUUUAAACCUCUUUCUGACCAAGAAAAUGAUAGAAAAGAGAGUUUCCAACGAAAAACCGGUGAAAGUUGUUGAUUGAACAUUUCAAAAUUGACUUUUUUUCUUUUUUUCUGUUAUUUAUGUUAUAGGUUGUUUAUAAGAGAAAAAAAUAACCAAUUUUUUUAGACAAUAAAAAGAUUUUUUUCAGAUCGAAGGAAAGACAGUAAAAGCUCAAAUUUGGGACACGGCCGGCCAGGAAAGAUACAAGGCCAUCACUUCGGCUUAUUAUCGUGGCGCCGUUGGAGCUUUGGUCGUUUAUGACAUUGGUGAGGGAAAUGAUCGCACUUUAAAGAUUUGAUCCGUCUGGCCAAUAGAUUGACCGAAAAAAAUCCACUGGGAAGGUUAGGAAUUGUGUUUUUGUACUAGGAAUUUUUUUCGAGUAUUUUCCUAUAAAUUUAUCGAUUUAAAAAUCCAAAGAAGUUCAUUUUUAGGAAUGUAUGUACACAUACUUACGUAACUAAACAGAACUUUUUUAUUAUUCAGGAAAAAAACGAUAAAAAAAUUUUUUUAUUUUUUUGAACGAUUUUGGCAUUAGGGAAACUGUCGCAAUACAAAAAAAUUCUCUGUUCCAAAAAUAUUCCUGUCUUUUUCUCGAAAUCCGAUCCUUUUCUCAUUCAAAUUAGCUUUUCAGAACCUCAAUUUACAAUAAGAAACAGGAAAUAUCUCGUUUCAAAUUAAUUUUGAUGGAUUUUAAGGAUUUCUUUUUUUCCGAAAAAAACCAAUGAAAUUAAAGAAAUUAUCUUGUUUUUUUAUUUUAAAAUUGAACUGAAUCAUCCUGAAAUUCUUUUUUUCUAUUAAUUUAGCGCUUUGAAGCUUCCAGUUUCCAUUUACAACAAAAAAACAUCUUGUUUUUUUAUCAACCACUGAUAAUUUUAACAUAAUUAUUUCAUUUUUCAAGCCUUUAUUCAAGUUUUAAAAUUUAGCCAAGCAUGGAUCGUACGAAAGUGUGGAAAAAUGGCUGAAAGAACUGAGAAACCACGCCGAUCAGAACAUUUUCAUCAUGUUGGUCGGAAACAAAACCGAUUUACGACAUCUGAGAUCUGUACCAACCGAUGUCGCCAGAAUGUACGCCGAGAAGAAUAAAUUCGCUUUUAUUGGUAGAAAAAAAUUGAAUAAAACUCAGUAAUACGAUAAAUUUUCAGAAACCUCGGCAUUGGACAGCACAAACAUCGAAUCGGCCUUCCUGAACAUUUUAACCGAAGUUUUCCACAACGUCAGGAAAAAUAUCCUGACCGAUCAUCAGCACAUCGACAAACAGACGACAAUUAUCCCUUCCGCCGACUCGAAACCCGAAAAAUCUUCCCGAUGCUGUUCUUUAUAA